UAACAUGCAAAAUAUACCGAAGUCAGGAGUGACCAGAGCAGUAUCUAUCUGCAGUCCACAAUCUGUGGAAAAGGAGCAGCCAAAACCUCGCAGCGCCUUGCUGCCGUCCUCUCUGGAGGCCAGCACAGUCCAUGAAUUGAACCAUCCACCCAAACCAAAGGGCAAGAGCCAAGAAAGCCUUAAAACCACUUCUGCUCACACCGACCCAGGCGCAGAGGACCUUUGUGCUGCAAUCCUCAUGGCCUGCCUCUUCUGCCACCCACUGGACUGCAUCCUGUCCACGCUGAGGGGGUUUAACGGGUGCGCCUGGUGGCUGUGCUCGUCCUUCUACGACUGCGAGCCUCUCCUGGGGGUGAUGCACCACUGCAACCUCUGCGGGUGUCUGGGUGUUUCUCGCUGCUUCCAGAGCGACUGUCCGCUGUGCGACUUGUGCCUCCAGGCUACAGAAUGCCUGGACCUCGCUAUGGAAAUCUCUCAGAUGCUUUACCACUGA